GAGCAUGCACCACUCUGGCAAGACAGACUGCGGGUAAGUAGGGUCUCAGCCUGCAUACAAUCUGUCAAUCUACUAGCAAGCCAGAUUCAAGGUCCUUGUAUUUACAAAACCCUGAACAACUUAGGUCCAAGCUAUCUUAGGAACCACCUGAAGCCUUAUAUCCCAGCUGGAUCCCUGAGAACAUCUGCAGGAGUGUUGUUGGUCGUCCUCCAAACUGGCGAGAUUCAUUUGACAGCAGCAAGAAACUGAGCCUUUCGUGUUGUCAGCUCAGUUUUGUGGAUUACUCUUUCAUUAAAGAUUUAGCAGUCGCAUUCUGUUUUAAUUUUUAAAUGCCUGCUGAAAACUUUUAUGCCAGGUUUCUGCAGGCAAUUAAGAAUGCACAUUUCCACAAUAGCUGAUUUCUGAUUUUAACAUUUUUGUUUUUUGUCGCAUGGUUUUAUGCAUAACUGUUGUAAACCACAAUGAUACUUUUCAUGAAUAUGGUAUUCUGUAUACCUUUUAAAAUAUAAAAUAACUACACUAGAUUAAUCCAUUGAGGGACUGCAUCUGUAUGGAGAAUGCGUAUAAGUGACAUCACACACACAUGCCCCUAACAGUUCUAGGAGCACAUAAACAUCAGGAUGCACACACACUCUGUUGCAAUAGUUAUUGUAGCUUUGAUUGGGCCCUGACUGCAGGCAGAAAAUUGCUCCUUUUGCAAAGCUAAUUAUAGUCCCCUGCAAAUAGCUCUCUCUCCGGCUGUUAAAUCACAGCUAUCUGUAUUCCAUUAACCUGCGCCGAACAGAGAACCGACUGCAUUUACUGCGUGCUUGCAUGGCAAUGGUUAACUGAGCUGGCGAGAUUCUGCUUACCUCAACAAAACCAGCCGCAGUGAGAAAGGGAAAACAAUGAAUGGGUGGAGAUGAACAGCCCGUCAGAGAAAGAGCUAUGCAUUCCGGCUAGUGCAGUCCAGGCUGCUGCAAUGACAGUCUGAAGGUUGUAGCAGCCUCUGGAAUCUGCAUUCAAACUGAACAUCAGCCUUCGCUUGCAAGUGGAGCCCCCCCCCCUUUUCUUUUUGGCACAAAAGGGCUUGUUCACCAUUGGGACUUCCGAGACAUGGCCAGUAACCAGGCCAGCUUACAGGAUGACCAGAGCAGGCAUUGCAAGUUCUUAUCCUAUAUGUUUUACCAAGCUGUCAGAGAUCACAAACCUGUCUGGAUGCUGGAAGACAUGAGGACUAUGGAGUAUUUCUACUGGGAAGAAAAUGCCAGCCUGAGGACGUAUUCCCCUUCCGAAGCCCUGCUCUACGCCGUGGUUCACAACCACCUGCCUUAUGCCCAGUACCUGCUGUCUCAUUUUCCGGAGGAGGCUCUCAAAGUCCCUGGGGAACAUUUCUGCUAUUGCCCUUCCUCUGCUCCUCACUUGGCCAUGGCUGUCACCUACGACAGGAGAGACAUUCUGGGGCUGAUCAUCGGCAUCUCCCACAAGCUGCCCAGCCUGAACUCCUACAUCAACCGAACCGGCUGCUUCCACCUGGAAGAUGGGAAGACCCCUCUGCAUCUCGCCUGCGAGCUCCUGAGGUCAGAGACGGUUCUGAUCCUCCUGGGGAACGGGGCCUCUCCCAGGAUAGAGGACAGCAAAGGACUGACACCGCUGGAUGUCAUCUUGGAGCAGAUGUGGGACUCGAAAGUCAACGUGGCGUCCAAAAAGCUCUGCCUCGAUUACCUCUUGCUUUUCAUGCCCAGCCCUCGGUUCAAGAUGAGGAAGGUGCUGCAAGAGCACCCAGAACACUGGGCAGUUCUGCUAGGGGAGGACAAGUUCCAUAGCCUGGUGGGGAACAUGCCUGCAUCUUUAUACCUGCAAGCUAUGCAAACCAUCCUUCAGACUCUCCCACCCUCCCAUUUCCCUAAAAGCAUCCAGGAACUUCCUAUACCUCAGGCAUUAAAGCCCCUGCCUCGCUUCGGCAAGCAGCACCCAACAAAAAAUAUGUAUAUUUGCUACCGGUCUGGACCUUUGAAGCCAUGAAUAACUUGGGACCCAGUUACCUGACACAACACCUCUGCCCAGUUGCUGAGAUCUCAGAACAAGCCACUGCCUAUGGAACUCCACCUGGCAGCUACAAGUGAGUGGAGACUUUUCCAUCAUGGCUCCCACCACUGGGGGGAAAAAAGGCAAAUGACCUUGUUGAGUUUUCAGCACUUCCUGUACUGGUUCACUCAGGCUUUUGCUGGUCACUCAUAUCAAGCCACUGAUAAUUUUUCAGCUACUGUGAUUUGAUUUGAUUUGAUUUAGCUGCUGUGUUUUAAUUAUUUACUGUACAUAUUAAGUUUAUAUUGGACUUUUUAUUGUAUUGGUUCUUAUGUGUUGUAAAACUGGCU